UCGUGUACGAAGUAUACAAAUUCUUACCUUUAACUUGCAAAAUGACCAACACAGCCAUGUUUAUUUCUUUUCUAGUUAUUUUAAUAGGAGUUCUAAACCUGGCUGUUUUGGUCAUAAAUUCCGUACUAUUACUGUCUAUGUCUUCCCGUGAAUACAACAACUGUACACGAAUGUGUUUACCUUGUGAGACUGGAGAGAAUGCAAUAUGUUGUGAUUGUCAGGUAGAGGGUCUCCAGGGUUACCUUACAAAGCUCUAUGAAAGAACUACGGAGACAUCAGGAAAAUACAAAGGAUUUUCAGACAUUCGUAUCCUAAGCAGCUACCAUGAUAUGUCAACCUACUAUAAACCCGCAGCAAAACUUUCAGGGGAUACAGAGAAUAAUCAGGAUAAAACCUCAACAAUGAAAACUGUAAAAUCAUGGCGGAAUGACAACAUGUGCUACCUCAUCAACGGCAUGGCAUUACGUCAGGGCCGUUUAGUUGUGCCAUUGGCUGGUUUAUAUCACGUGUAUGCAAUGUUUGAUAUUUCUCUUUUAAACAGUACAAAGGAGGCAUCUAUUGUAGUAAUGAAGUACAACAUAUUAAAAGAUGAAGAGAUUUUAUUGAGUCGGCCUCUGUCUAACUGGGCAGUAUUGAGCCCCCAAAAUAAUUAUCAACACAUCUACUUGGGUGCUGAUUUUCUGCUGAAUCAAGAGGAUGAAGUUUAUGUUAAACUAAGCCACACAUUACUGUUUAAAAAUCCUAGUGCAAAUGUAUUUGGGUUGUAUAUGUUAUGAUCAUUUUUGUUGUGUAUAUGUACAUAUAUUUAUACAAAUGUUUACUUAUACAAAUUACUGUGAUAUACAUUAAGUCUUUCAAUUUUAUCGUCCCAUCUUUAUAUGUUUCAUUUGCGUGUACAUGUGUGUUUUCUUUUUUCACUGACGUAUUUGACGAGAUGUUUGCUGCAGAAUUGUAGCUCUCCUGCAGAACUGUAGCUCUCCGGUCUGUCAAUAUACAUGUAUUUUUUUUUUCCGGAGAGCUACAAUUCUGCAGCUAACAAGAUGUUACAUAGCAGCAACCAUGAUAUGC